CUGACAGAUUUGCAGCUGCUGAGCGCAGGUUGAUUCGCCGGCUGCUCGGCGGGUGCUCUCCUUCCCAGUAUUAUUAGCAGAAAUAUUACUAUAAAGGCAGGGUAAAGCGCUUAAAGCCUCCAGAGGAUUUAGCAAUGCCUCAGCCGGGACCUCAGAGCGCAGAAGCGGACUGACUCCACAGCAUCGCAUCGCUGUAGUCACAUUUGGACACAUUUCUCGAGUGCGUCUUCUCCUCAAUCCACCUACCUGCGCGCGUCAGAAACAAGAAGCCCAUGGAGGGAUGUCGCGAUGCUGUGCUCAAGGAGAACUAAAACUUUGGUGUCGACAUGUGUGAUCCUGAGCGGCAUGACCAACAUCGUGUGUCUUCUGUAUGUCGGCUGGAUCACCAACUAUGUGGCCAACGGGCCAAAAGUUGCGGAGAGCGGCGGCGAAGCGGAGAGAAAGUUGGAGGAGGACAGUAAAGGGGAAACCCUGAGGAUUAUCGAGAGGCUGGACCGGCUGGAGAGCGUUGUCAACGAGCACAUCAAAGAUACCCCUCAGAAGGACGGAGAAGACGCUGCAUCCUCCUCAGACAUAGCCUCCGCCUCCUCGCUGUUCGACCACUGGGGUCACGACCUGGGCCCCGAGAGUCGAAGGGUGGCCUUCAGGAAAUUCCGUUACUAUGGUUACAACAGCUACCUUAGCGACCGCAUUUCUCUCACCCGACCGAUCCCAGAUUUACGACCGGACGGGUGCAGAAACAUGUCAUAUUCAUCAGAUCUUCCUCAGCUCAGCGUCAUCUUCAUCUUCGUCAACGAGGCCUUGUCGGUGUUACUGCGCUCCGUCCACACAGCCAUCCAGAGGACUCCAUCACACCUGCUCAAAGAGAUCAUACUGGUUGAUGACCACAGCAACAGCCCUGAGCUGAAAGAGCACCUGCAGAGCUUUGUGGAAGAGACCAACGCUCAGCACAGCCCGGGGUUCAUCAAGGUGGUCCACCACGACAAGCAGGAAGGACUAAUCAGGUCCAGAGUCAGCGGGUGGAGGGCCGCCUCUGCUCCCGUCGUCGCUCUGUUUGACGCCCAUGUGGAAUUCAACACAGGAUGGGCAGAACCUAUUCUGCAGCGAAUAAAAGAGGACCGCACCCGGGUGGUUUCACCCUCUUUUGACAACAUCAAGUACGACACCUUCGAGAUCGAGGAGUACCCUCUUUCUGCUCAGGGCUUCGACUGGGAGCUGUGGUGCCGAUACCUCAACCCACCAAAGUCCUGGUGGACACAACGUAACCACACGGCCCCUAUCAGGAGCCCCGCUUUGAUUGGCUGCUUUGUGGUCGACAGGAAGUACUUUGAGGAGAUUGGCCUGUUAGAUGAAGGCAUGGAAAUUUACGGUGGAGAAAAUGUGGAGCUCGGCAUCAGGGUGUGGCAGUGUGGCGGCAGCGUAGAGGUCCUGCCCUGCUCCAGGAUUGCACACAUCGAGCGUGCCCACAAACCCUACACAGAGAACCUGACAGCCCACGUGCGACGUAACGCACUGAGGGUGGCUGAGGUCUGGAUGGACCAGUACAAGAGUCACGUCUACAUGGCAUGGAAUGUUCCACUACAGAACUCAGGAAUAGACAUCGGAGACAUUUCGGAGAGAAAAGCUCUGCGAUCCAGACUCCAGUGCCGGCCGUUCAGUUGGUUCCUCUCCAACAUUUACCCCGAGCUCAGAUCCUACAGCGACACAGUUGCUUAUGGAGUGUUGAAGAACAGUCUAAGAGAGAAUCUGUGUUUGGACCAGGGACCUGACACUGACAAUGUUCCCAUCAUGUACCUCUGUCAUGGUAUGACACCGCAGCAGAACGUGUACUACACCAGCUCUCAGCAGCUUCACCUGGGGGUGCUGAGUCCGACGAUCGACGAUGACGACAACAAGUGUCUAGUGGACGUGAACAGCAGACCCAGGCUGCUGGAGUGCAGCUACGCAGCCACCAAGCAUAUGAAGCUCACCUGGACGUUCACUCAGGGUGGCUCCAUCCAGAACAUCGAGUCUCAGCGUUGUCUGGAGCUGGUGGAGAGCAGACAGUCAGAGUUCCCUUUCCAGCUGGUCAUACAGGACUGCACCGAUCAGAAAUGGACCAUCACUAACAUACUGACUGUCCUGCCCCAGUGAACACACACCAGCCAGUUAGUGUGUUGUGGCAGAUUAAUCUAGUUAGCGAGGAAGUUCAAGUGGGGAGCUCCGACAAAACCAAACUGACCCCGACCCAAGAUCAACCAUCACCGAGUUCUGUCGCACGUCAAAAAGAAAUAAUAGAAAUGGACUAACAUGCUGACCUAAGCAGCGAACCAAGUGUCCAAAAAAUGAGCUUCAGUACCGGACCUAUUUUUAACGAGAGUCUGCACAGGAAAAGAUGUGCUUCAAUCAGACACGGACCAUCAGUAACCUAAUAACCAUUUUACACCAAUGACCUGAGAGAAGAGACGCUCACAGAUGGAGCCGGGGCUCUUAAAACUUCCCACUCUGCAAUCGAAAUGAGAAAUAUAGCCACUUGUUCCAAGGGACAGGCUCGUGAAAUCAUGUAAGCACUCUGGUUAUUGCAGGAGCAGGCCUGCGAUGUAUUUUGGGUCCCCGUCCGCAGUUUGAGAUAGAGCCUGCAUUCCCUCAGUCUCAUUGCACAAUCACCAUAACAAAUUGAGUGAGCAUGGUUUCAAUAUGUUUGUGUGCAGAGGGAGAAAUGCAAGGUGAGCGACUGCACGCGUCCCAGAAACAUCUAGCAGGCGUGCAGUACAAACUGGCUGAUUGUCACACAUGAUGUGGCGGGGGCAGGUUUUGAGUUAUUACCGCUACACACCACUUGACUCAGACUGUAGGCAGGACAGAUGCUCCAGAUCCCCUCAGUAUCACAGAGAAGUUAAAAUCUACCCUAAAAGACUCAGUCCACACUGGUGUUUUUAGUUAUUUUGGCCAAUUUAAAGGUUUUAUGUUUAAAUCUUCACCAAACACAAUAUAUUUAAAAGAAUCAAAGCUGUAGUUGUCCUGCCAUAACAGGUAUAAUAAAACUGACACAAGAAGAUGUUGAUUUCACGCAGUCUGUGGACGCCCACACAGCCCUCAGAAGAUGUCUAAUACAUCUCUAAAAUAAAUGAAAAUGCCUGCGUGGGUGUGCAGGAGCUUUAACAUAGCAAAAUGUUCUGAUACUAACUGUCCUAUUUCAGGGGUCUCUGCUUUCAGAGUCCUGCUUUAGAAUGUGGCGACCUAAGGCUGACCCCGGUCUAUGACCACAGCCGAGAAAUGCGUCAUUCUUUUGCCUCGACUCUCUUUACGCCACAUUGAUGAUCCUUGAUCCUUGUUGGAUAAUGAUCACGUAACUAAGUCCUGUUUACAAAGAAGUAAAGCUAUGAAAAAGCCAUUGAAAAAGUUGUUUGUCCUUGUCAGCAGCCUGAACAUGUUGUUCUGCACUACAUGUAGAAUGCUCUGAUGCACACUUUAUGAUUUGAGUCAAUUUAAGUUAUGUGGAUACGUUAACUGAAAAUGUUGUUUGCCAGUAAAUUUGAAGGAUAAAUCUG